GUUAAGCGUAUGUCAUUUUCGUGCACUGUAAAUAUAGGCAAAUAUUUGGACGCGUUUGCAACACUUGUUGCAACCGGCUGGAGAAAAGUACGCGCUUUUUAUGUUUUGGUUUUUUAGAAAUUGAAAAAUCUUCAGGAAAAAUGAAUGAUAGCAACGUGCCCGCCUUUGAACUCGGCGAUGCCCUAGCCACACGUUGUGGCAAUACACUCACCGGCGUCUUUUUGCCCGGCUCCAAAAUCGCACUUAGCGCGUACCGACAUGUGACAUACAAAACUAGGGAUGCCCCAACAGAAACGGCUGACCAGGAUCCGGUGCUUAUCUACUUGGCCCAGGAGUCGACGCUGUUUGACGAGCCCGUGCUACGCAGUGUCCUUGCAGAGGCUAACGCCACUUUCGCUACCCUGCAACAGCUGGGAUUCCGGGCCACGCGGGCCGAGUAUGUAAAUAUAUCGCGAGCAUACCGCAGUAUCGUUCGCGCCUGCCUGGAGAAACUGGAGCAGGCCAAGAAAUCGCCUGAGGUGCAGACGGAUGAACCGCGGCUGCGUCGCUUCACCGAAGCCAUCGUCGUGUUUUAUGCCGCAGAGUGUCUAUGGCAUCUAUUCGAGAUUCUCUAUAUACAAGGCAAUCAGCUGGUGGUGCCGCAACUACUCGACUGGGCCCGAUUUCACUCACCGCACGCGGAGGAACGAGCCACGGAUCUGUUGCUAAUGGCCGAGGAGGCCAGCGAGUCAGAUGACCACUGGAGCAUUCUCAGGUCGCUGAUUAUGCACGGUGAAGUAGAUGUGACGCGAGCAAUUCUUUUUCAGAACCGAAAGGCUGGGCAUACCGCGUUUAAAACGGCUGAGCAGAUUCUGAAGUCUAUGCCCGUUUACCAAGAGGGUUACGCCCUGCAAAAAUUUCACUCCCAGUGGGAGUACUGGCACGUGGACACGGAGCGUAAAAUCCAAACCGGGAUUUUCGCUACAGAGCCAGAGCUGGAGCAAAUCAUCCGCCUGGUCACAGGCGACAACGAGCAGUGGGAUGCUGGCAUCAAGGAGUCCCAAGAUUGCUUUGAAUACCUGCCGGGAUAUCUGCUCUUUACCAAGCCAACCUGCAAACCCUUCGAGUUAAGAAUCGCUGCCACCAAUUGGCUGAACCGCUGGCACAUGCUCCGCCCGGAAAGGGAGCUGUGCAGCAUGAGCCGCAUGAUUGCUCAGCUCAUGGAUCACGAUAUUAAGCUGUUCAUAUACGAGGCCCAAAAACUAAAUGACACCCACUGGUUCUCCACGCAUUUGAUUGAUCUGAUCCAUCAUUGUGGUCAGCUUAAGAGCUAUUUUGAUCAAAACAACAUCGAUCUUCCCGCCUUGCGUCACUCAAUGAUUUACGAUUACGGAAGCUAUCUGAUGACGUCGCAUAAUCUUUGGCAGUUGGGCAUCGACUAUCUAGACUGUUGCAAGCAGGAGGGACAGGCCGCCAUUGAGCUUCUUCUGCCCCGAAUAAGCUUACGCAGCGAACGUCAAGCCACUAAGUUAAUCAACCUUGCUAGGCAACGAGGGUUAACUGGCGUCGAACAGGAGAUCUGCAAGGUGCUUUCAAAACAAUCGUACGAUAAAGAGCGCUAUGGAAAUGCUUUAGAGUGGGCCAUUCGGUCCAAGGAUGUGCUGUUUGUAACUUCGAUUGCAGACUUUAUCUUGAAGCACUACUCGAGGACUGGAAACAUGCUCUGCCCGGACACUAUAGCCAACGUGGGAGGCCGAAUGUUUAUCUCACCACGCUUAGUUUUUCUCUCAAAAUAUUACGAGUUUUACGAAUUCUAUCGCACCCGCGAUUUCCUGUCUGCUUCUGAGCUUCUGGUGAAUCUGUUGAAUUCCAGAAUUACCCCAGACUACUUUUGGCCGUCAUUGCUAAUCGAUACCAUGCCACUGCUGGAGUCCAAGGAUCCAAAAAUCUUUGCUAAGGAAACGGUGGCCAUUCUUCACCACAUUGAAACUGAAUUGGUUCCCAUCAUCGAACGUGAUGUUUCCAAAUAUGGCAACCACCACACAGAAACCGUGUUCAAGGACUAUCGGGUAGAGAAUGUCGACGAAAUCCUUAACCUCAUGCGCCUGGCCUGCGCCCGCAAUUUGGCCAGAGCACUAAUCAUUGAGAACACAAUGCCGGUGCCGUGAUUUUGAAUGCAUUUUUAGUGUAAUUUAUUUUGUAUUUUACGCUUUUCCAAUACAUCGUAAUUUGUUAUAGA